GGGACCGUAGAGGGCUGGGGCGGGCGGGGUAGGUGUGGCUCUGCCUGCGUGACCCGAAACCCGGUCCCGGUCGCCGUCGUCUCCCGCAGCUGCGGCUUCUCAGCCAUGGGCGCCGUCUGGUCGGCCCUGCUGGUCGGAGGGGGCCUGGCCGGAGCGAUUUUCGUUUGGCUGCUGCGGGACGCGGGGAAGGAGAGCGACGCAGAGCUGACGGACGCCCCUCCUGGGGAGGCUGCGGCUCCAGGAGGCGAUCGGGUUGGCGGCGGGGGACCGAGCCCUGUACCUUCCAGGCGAGAGCUGGUCACCAAAGCAGAGCAUCUUCAAGAAAGCAAUGGAUGUUUGGUUUCAGAGACCAAAGGCCAUGGUAACCCGCAGGAAGCAACAUGGAGACUGCAGAGUCCUUCUGGAAAAGAUGGUGGUUGUGACCGUUCAAGAGAACAUGUUCCUUCUGAACAGUGUCCAGAAUCUCUAGCUACAUCUGAGGCUGGUGACUCUAGGGGUUACUCUCAAGUUUCAAGAAAUGAGAGCCUUCAGUCUCCUAUAGGAGAAUGGGGAUUCCGGAAAGGACAAGAGACACUCACUAAAGGAGCUCAAUGUCUUGCUGAAAAGUUGUAUUCUAGUAACCUGGUCAUUGACAGAGGGAAAGAAGUGAGCCUUGCCGAGCUGAGCAGUCAGGACCGGGCUGACAAUGAGGACUGGGAAAUGGUGUCCAGGCACUCAUCUUGGGGAGACGUUGGUUUGGGUGGCAGUCUUGAGGCUCCAGUGUUAAGCCCAAACCAGGGAAUGGACUGUGGCAGAAGCACUCUUAGGGAACUGAGAGGUCAGGACGUGGACGUGAAACGAAAAAAGGUAGUAGCAGAGUCUUCAGAGUCUCAGCAAGUUAGUAUCAGGUUCCAGAUCCAUUAUAUCACAAGCACUGGUGGGGAAUUCGUUGCAGUAACUGGAGACCAUGAGCGUCUUGGGGGGUGGAACACUUACAUCCCGCUGCAGCACAGCAAGGACGGGCUCUGGUCCCAGUCCGUGUCCCUGCCAGCAGAUAAGGUGGUGGAAUGGAAGUUCGUCGUGGUAGACGGUGGCAAAAUUACCCGCUGGGAGGAAUGCAGCAAUAGGUUCCUGGAGACUGGCCGUGAGGAUAAAGUGGUUCAAGGGCGGUGGGGGAUUCACUGAUUCAGUUCUCAAAAGUCCUGGAGAGGCUACUUGUGGAGGACACGGAGUCAUUUUAAAUAAAGGAAGUACAACUCCAAAUAUAGCCAUCAGAGUUGUUUCAAAUUUGCUAGUGGCUUUUGUCUAAUGUGCAGAUAUAUUUAUAUAUGUAGAUAUAUGCUUUCAGUGAGCAUGGACUUUGUUUCCCCUGUGGCACUGAUGAGUGGAUUUUUGCGGAUCUAUCCUUACUUCAGAGCUUAGUCCUCUUGGGGAGUGACUUGGCUGAGCUUCAGGUGUGGACUGGCCAGGGCACGCAGAAACCAACUAGCUGCACAGGGCUCAAGCCUGAGCCUUUGGGUGACCCUUACACCAAGAGAGUGAAACAAGCCUCAUUCAUUGAAGAGCUGCCCUCCUGCUGGUACAACUGGAGAAACCCCUUACUAUGUGCACACUGUAUUUAAGAUUAGUUCAUGCCAUAUGGAACUGUGAUAAGAAAUAUCUGGUCACAUGGGGUGGCUAGCAAGGAUAGAAGGUUAUACGUUAAGACUCCCCAGGAUUCUGUUUUUUUGUUUUUGAUGAUUUUUGCCUACUAGCCCCAGUUUGAAGGUAGCAAGUAAGUCUUUGUCUUAAUGAUUGCAGAUAGAAACAAGGGGCCUAGUCUGAGUCUGUCACUGGGAGACCAGGAGGAGAGGGGGCGGGAAGAGGAUGAAGGUGUGGGCUGAGUGAGGUGCCUGAGUGGUGCCUCUUAGAGGGCUGGGAGGUCCAGGCACAGCCUGACUGCAGAGAGGACACAGCCUUCACUCACCUCCAGGGCCGUUGCAGGACUGCCCCACCCCUGCCCCUCCUCUCUCCCAGGGGGUCUGGACAGAUGGACUGGCCCGUAGCAACCAUUUCUCCGCCCUCUCCUGUCUUACCAAUAGCUCUCUUGGUUAACAAAAUUAUUAUAGGACAGUGACACACGGGGACAUCUUUGUUCCGAGAAGAAGUAAGAGUUAAACUUUAUUAUAACUGAACAAAUAAAACCGGAGUUUUAAUAUCUUUGUUAAA